UUAUGGAUGAAAUGUGUUGUGCAUUUAAAUUGAUGACAUAGCCGACGUCAAGAGUAUGACCGCAGCAUACCUUAUCCACCAAUAACAUUAAUCUAUUGUAUUUAACCACGUGAUUUCUUCACAACUUGCUCCACUUGCUAUGAAAUUUCCUAGAAACACAAACUUGCAUAUAUAAUCAUUAUUCUUAAGAAAAAUAUAUACUCUAAUCUUUCCUCAUUUCCCACGGGUGCAUGCACCUUCUUUCUCUAUCCUUUUCCUCGCUCUAUAUAUACCCCACCAUCUUCGUCUGCCCCAAAAUUCAAAGAAUGUUUUUCUUUCUCAUCUUCAGCUAUUCCAAUUAAUCACCCUAAUUCAUACUUGAAAGUUAAAAGAUUAGUAAGAGCUUCAUGUACCAGCCAAUUCCCUGUGAGCUAUUAGCGGCGGAGCUUCCGUCACUGUAUCGCCGGAGCUCGAGUUUCAGCAGCCUAAUGCCCUGUUUAACGGAGACCUGGGGCGACUUGCCGUUAAAAGUUGACGACUCCGAAGACAUGGUCAUAUACGGCUUCCUGCGCGACGCCGUUAACGACGGCUGGACGCCGUUUAACGACGUCAAAGCCGAGCCGAGGUUCGAGGCCGAGCCGGGCAUGAGCUUCGCCACGGCGAGAACCGAGUACAUAGCCGCUCCGACGGAAGCGGCGGCCCCGGCGGUGGCGCGGUCGAAAGGGAGGCACUACAGAGGAGUGCGGCAACGGCCGUGGGGGAAAUUCGCCGCAGAGAUAAGGGACCCGGCUAAAAACGGCGCGAGGGUGUGGCUCGGGACGUAUGAAACGGCUGAGGAAGCCGCCGUGGCUUACGACAGAGCGGCUUACAGAAUGCGCGGCUCGAAGGCCUUGCUGAACUUCCCGCACAGGAUCGGCUUGAACGAGCCUGAGCCGGUGCGAGUCACGGGGAAGCGGAGAUCGCCCGAGCCGACGACUUCGACGGCGUCAACUGUGACGUCGGAGUUGAGCAACGGCUCGCCGAAGCGGACGAAGAAAGAGGAGGCGGCUGAGCGAGCCGAGGCGGAGGUGGAGAGCCAAUCGAAUUUGUAUCAAAUUGAGUGCAAGUUGACGCCGUUGUUAGUUGGCGGACAAUUAGUGGUGGCCUGAUUAUAGGCUGGAAUUGCCGUAUGCCUUUGUUUGGUUGUAUAAAUUAAACGAGAAUUUUUGGCCCCA